AUAUUGCAUAAACUUCCCUUUUGUUUGCUUCUCUGUAGGUGCUUGCACAAGUAAGAAUAUCGAGCAAUGGAGAUUGUUACUGCCAUUGUUAGUCCUCUGGUUGAGUCUCUCAUGGUUCCCGUUAAGAAACACCUCGGUUACUUGAUUUCCUACAAAAAGUAUGUGAGGGAUAUGGGUACAAGAAUGAGAGACUUGAAAGCUACAAGGCUUGGUGUUGAAGACCACAUAAACCAUAACAAAAGCAAUUGCCUUAUGGUUCCAAUGGAGGUCAGUGGUUGGUUGGAAGAAGUAGGAAAUAUCGAAGCACAGGCAUUGCCAAGGACAAUAGAAUUCGAGGAAGAAUUGGCAGAAAAAUUCGGUGGUAGUAGUAGCAGUAGCAGUAGCAGAAAUGUAACAACUGACUUUGAGGAAACAGAUAAAGCAGAAAGUAAUAAUCAAACUGUACUAGACAUUCGUAAGAAGUAUGAGAAAAAGCUUGCUGCACAUCAGGGAAACCAGGACGAUGUGAGUGACGAUGAUUACUUCAUUAAGUUAUUCAGCCUUGACGAAGAACCAAACUCUGCUAAAUUUAUUCAAGGUGCGAUUUGAAUAAACUACUUGCAUGCCGUCCAUUGUCAAUGGGCACUUCUGUAUGCUACAGUUGAAGUAUAUGCUCUUAUAAGUAGUUUCUUCUGGGAAUACCGUAG